UGAUAAUUUGUGAAUUGUGAGUAGGAAUUAAAAUUCAGUAAACAAAAGAACACUCCGAGCAGGCACGGAAAAGGGAGGGCGAUGACGCUUUCUUUUCCGGUGAUGUUUUGGCUGGUCGGGGUCAUCACUGUUAUUUCGAAUUCAAUGUUGCGGGCGAGUUCGGCCGCAACGACUACAGGGUUUCCCCAUCAUGGCGAAGGGGUACGGGUGAUCCUCAGACGCCGAGAAAAAAGCGGUGCCGGACAAAACUUGACGAGGCUGGAACGUGUUCAAGGCGCCGUACAGCGCGACGCUGAGAGGCUUGCUGGCCUCUUAGGUGUGGCGGCAUCGGAGCGAGGGGUGAUGAAUUCAAGUGUACACUCCUCUCGCUCAUCCGGCGAGUUCUGGAUGGACCUAUCGAUUGGGACUCCGCCAGUGGCGUUGAGAUUCGUUAUCGACACGGGCAGUGACGUGAUUUGGACUAAUAGCCACAGUAGCGACUCCUCUAGUACCUUCCAGAUUUACCCCUGCUGCCCGGCGUUGCUGCGCGAUGAAGGUACUGUUAUACAGAAACUUAGAUGCGUCCCGGGGAGUAAAAAGCUUACAGUCCCCGGGUGCGCCUACAAUAGCAGUUACCGCGAUGGGUCAUGGAGCUGGGGCCAUAUUGCGGCAGAGAGCUUUACAUUUGAAUCAGGUAAUGUCACGGUCGAGAGCGUGGCGUUCCUUUCGGCCGAUACAAUAGGAUGGCCACCAUUUGCUAGCAAAUCCUCCUCUGGGUUGGUCGGUCUCGGCCGCGGCAACAUGUCCUUGGUCUCGCAACUCAAUGUCUCCCAAUUCUCGUAUUGCUUAACCGACGCCGACAGCAAUUUAGUCAGCACGCUUACACUGGGCGGCAGUGGAGGCGCCGCCCAGAAGAAGAGAGCUGGCGGAAUAUCCCCUAUAACAGCCGGCCGUUUAUUAGAGAGCCCAAAAAAGGCUCCGUACUCGUCGUUUUAUUAUGUUGCCAUUAAGGGGAUAUCCGUCGGGGAUACCCUCCUGGACGUGCAGGAGAGGGUGUUCGAGGUGGACGGUGAAGGGAGGGGCGGGAUGAUCAUCGACUCCGGCACCACCCUCACGUACCUACCGUCGAUGGCCUAUAACGCGCUCAUAAGUGAGGUAGAGAGCCAGUCGGGACAGUCACAUCCGAUAGAGGGCUCCAGAUUGUGUUACCCGAGGACGAGCUACCCGCGCAGCCUGAACCUGACCAUCCAUUUCGACAACAACGAGAAGCUGACCAUCCCCUCAGAAAACUGGUCCGUCACAGGAAAGAUAGAUGAACACCAUUUCGGGACGUGUUUGUUAUUUGGCGAGGCCUUGGACGGCGAGCCUGGAAUUUGGGGAAAUAUUCUGCAGCAGAAUAUGUUGGUGACCUAUGAUCUGGCUCAUAGCGCUCUUUUCUUCGAGCCAAAAACGUCGUGUGGUUAAUCCCUCAUAUCAUCCAUCGCACCUUUCUACUUACGCACCCAAUAAGCUUAAUUCAUCUUAGACAGACCGUCAUAUAUCGAUCCAUCAGUUUGUGCUCAUCGCCGACCAUAUGUUUAAAUUAAGGAUUGCCAUUCCUAGCUUCCUGUUUCCUAGUUUGUGUACGUUUUAAAUCUACUACCUCCGUCUCAAAUUGAUUUGCAAAUUUGACUUUUCUUGGUCAAACAGUUUCGUUUUGUUCACUUAAUUAGGAUGCCAAUUUUUAAUUAUAUUAUAAUUUGGAGUUUAUAACUUUGAAGAGAUUUUAAUGUAGUUUAUGAAUAUGUAAAUUUUAAUUGUUAAAAAUUGAAUUAAUUAGCCAUACGGAGCAUUGACUUUUAAUAUUGGUUGACCAAAAAAUGUUGACUUUGCAAAACAAAUUGGGACGGAUGGAGUAUUUGUUAGUACUUGGUCCAUUCAUCUUACCUGUUU